AAAAAAUUAAUAAUACUAAAAUGUCGACUAGUUCAAAGCAAAUGCUCGAAGUUGAACGGAUCGAAGAAGAAAAUGGCGCUGGCGCUUUACGAAAGCAAUCACCAAAGGAGCAACGCAAAAUCAAGCACAAACACUUACAUCUAAUGGAUGCUGAUGGUGCUCCGCAUGAAGAUGGCGAAGAUGCGCUACAAUUGCUGACUCCUGUUGAAAAGUCAAAAUUUGUAAUGCCACCACCACCGCCACCCCCCACACCGGUUCAGGCCCCUCCGCCGUCGGCGCCCGAAACGGAUGACGAGGCGAAUUCGGAGAAGUGGGAAGAUCCUUGUGCGCCUCCACCGCCACCACCGUUGCCACGGAAAGCGUUAGCCAAGUGCGAGAAAUAUGCUAGUUUCACGGCCAUAAAGCUAAAAGACGCUCUGGAGGAUGCCAUCACUAAAAUGGAGUCCAAUAAACGGGAGCAGCAGCAGCAACUGCACUACUCGAAAUUCGAUUCGUCUGUUUCCGUGUUAGAUGUGUUAAAUACCGAAGCUGUUGUCGAAAUGUCGCCAACAUGUCCAACAACAACUAUUCGUACUGCAUGUUGUUCCCAAGCCCUCAUCGUGCAUCCCAAGUGUAAUAGGCCCGCUCUUCUCGAUCAGCUCGAUAGGAAACUGAAGGUGGGCAAACUGCUGGCCAAGCAAUCGAGCAAUGUGACCAUCUCCAGGGAGCCAAUACCGUUGCCAGCGAUGGCUCAUGAUGAUGAGGGUCAGGGUCUGAUGUCAUUGCAGGUGCUAUCGGCACGCGCCUCCACGCCCUACACUCAGCCCAUAAGCCAGUUGUCUUGCACAGCCGUCAGUUGUGAUCUGCAUUUGAGUCCGCCACCCUUGGUGACUGUCAAGACAACAGCCAAAAAGCAUUUGCCAGCAUCUUCUUCGCAACAACAAUCGAGGACACGCAGCAUCAGCUCUGCACCAGCCACUACUACUACUGCCAGAUUGGGCAAGUUACGCGGCGGCACACAGCCGUCGACAAUCGCUAUGACUUUGCCCACCAGCCGACAGCAUUAUACGCGUCAUCAUCUCCUGGAGAUACGCAAUGCGAUGAUGCAUGCUCUGAUGCAUCGGUCGAAGGAGUCUUUGACUUUCAGUAUGCCACGCAUUGCCACCUGUGAUGAUAUCGAACUGGAGGCACGUCUGCGUCGCAUGAAUAUUUGGCGCAACACGGAUGCCGUUACUCGUGGCACACAACAGCACAGCUUGAAGCUGCAUCCUCCACGUCUACAUCAUAGCCAUAAUACGGGAAACAACAACAACGAGUGCAUGCCAGCCUUCUUUAAGAAUAAAACCAAACAGCAGCAGACCGAUGAGUCCAUCAUACAGAGCCAGCCACCGCAGUCACAGCAGGAAUUUCAGGAUCCAGCUAUUGUUAAUCAGAGACGCAUCGGCAGUGGACGCCUGUCGCACACGAAAUGGUCAUACAACAACAACAAUAACGACUAUAAGUCGUACAACAACAACAACAAUUAUCAGGCCAAUAGCAUGUCAAAAUGUCACAUGGAUGAUGCGAAACAACAUCAUCACAACAACAACAAUAGCAAUAUGACGGUUAUGAAAUUCUUUGAUAAUGGGGAGAUCAGCACCUCCCAUUUGAAUGGCACUCAGCAAUCGAAUGGUCGCCCAAAUACACCCAUCAUGGGCACAUCCAACAACAACAACAGCAACAAUAAUAAUAAUAAUCGUUCGGAAAAUGAGAGCUUGAAAUCGAAUGAAUCUAUCGAGGAUCUGAAUCGUGCCAAUGAGAAUUAUGUGAAGCGUGUCAUGUCUGGCUUUUUGGUCGUUUCCAAGACCAGGUCUCGUGAGGCGGAGGAGCGACACUAUCGUCGCUAUAGAAAUCAAAAUGAGGAGCCCGAGUGGUUUAGCUGUGGUCCCACCUCCCGACUCGACACAAUCGAAUUGUGUGGCUUCGAUGAGGAUGAGGAGCGUAUGCUAAGAGAGGGUAGCCACGCCACAAAUGAAGUCAAUAGGGAACCCAUUAUGCAAAAGCACAAAAUCGAGCAUAACAAAUACAAAACACAGCAUCGCGAGACUAUUGGACGCAACACCAACAACAACAACAACAAUAACAAUAGUAUGCUAAAGCACGACAACAACAACAAUAGCAACGCAUCCGAGAAUCUGAACAAGGUGCACCCAACGGAUAAUGAGAAGCGUUACAGCGGUCGUUCAACUUCCUUUGACAGGUUCAAUCACAAUCAAAAGCACUUUGAUAAUUAUCAGCCAUUGCAGCAGCAACAGCAGCAGCAAUCGGCACAGAACAAUAACAAUAACAAUUCGAAAUUUAUGCCGUUCUUUGCAAGCGAACUGACGGAGAAGAAAGGCUCAUCGUCAUCGCUGAAUGAGUUCUUCAAGCAGGCCAUGUGCCACAGCAACAGCAAUAACAAUAACAAUAGCUGCAAUCCGAAAAUGGAGCAGCCCAAGAGUCUUGGCUAUAUUAAUCAAAUGCCAUCGGUGGAACAACUGGAAGCCAAAUGGCGACGCAAUUCGCUCGAUGCGCCAGCAGCAGCUGCAGCUGCAGCUGCAACACAUGGCAACGCCAACAGCAGCAAUAACAGCAAACAGUCUGAUAAUUUUCAAAAAUUAAUAGGUUCUCUGAGUGGUGCCAAGCCACAACAAGUGGUGCCUCAACAACAACAGCAGCAGCCGCAAGUUGGCAACGAUGCUAUUUCCAAUUUCAUCCUGCAACAGCAACAAUAUCAACAACAGCAGCAAAAGCAGCACGUGCUUAUCCAACAGCAGCAGCAACAGACCGCGUUCCUGGCCAGCCUGCAGCUAAAGGCAAUACUUGGACGCGCCGAUACGCAGCUGCUGCUGCUCCGUCUGACCAAGGGUGAAAUAUCGAAGCAUGGUUUGCUUGUGCAGUUGGCUAAUCCACGCUUGACCAACAUGGAUCGUGAGGCCAUCACCGCCGUGCUGCAGUUUACCAAUACGCAGCAGCAGCAACAACAGCACCAGCAGCAACUGGAGAUGCUGUCGAGCACAGUGAUUGCCAGCCAAUUGCAAAAUCUACAAAACUUGGCAAUUGUACAGCAAACGCUGGCCGCUCGCCAACAGCAGCAGCAGCAGCAGCAACAUCAGCAGCAGCAGCAACAACAGCAGUUGCCAUUACAGCUGUCGCAGGAGGAUCUACAGGCACAUGCCAAUACCAUAAUGCGGAAUGCGGUCAUGAAACGCAAAAUGGAGGAGCAAACCACCAAGAUGUUCAACAUGAAUAAUGCGGCUAGCAAACAGCAGCAGCCACAGAUACAGCAGCAACAGCAGCCACAGAUACAGCAGCAACAGCAGCCGCAAACGCGCUCUCAAUUGCCAGCAACAAUGCUGGGUGCAAGAAGUGGCAUGCGAGCGGAGUCAACAACAUCCAAUGCGAUGUUGAACGCACUCAUUGCUGGUAAAAACCAUCAGAUAGUCAGCGGCAACAUGAUGCAAUCGGAACAUUCAACGACAACAGCAAAUGCACGUCGCUCUGACGCAAAUUUGCGAUUCCCAGAAAGCGUAAAUUUCCAAAUUGGUGAAAUGUCCCAGCCUGCGGCACAGUAUCAUCCAUAUCAGCAGCAACCACAGCAACAACAACAACAGUAUGCCGCAACCCAGCACCUUCGCCAUCAACAAAACAAUCCGAAUAACAACAACAACAACAACAAUUUUAACAAAGCGCACAUUCAAUCGCAACAGCCGAUGGCAAUGCUGUCCAGCGGCAGCGGUGGAGAUGAGCUUCAUUAAACAAUUCGCGUCAACGACUGUCGGCAUGAUGGCUAUCGCCAUCGGUUCGACAAUGGUGGUCUAUUGCAGCA